CAAAAGCGACGCCACAUAUUCAAAACGGCCUUUUCGACGUUCUACAGACCCCAUCGCGCCGCGGAGGCGAGUCAAAAUCGCAUAAAACGGCACUCCCAGGUUCCCCCCUUCGAUCCUUAGAGGUCAGGUAUGUCCACCCAGGUGACGACUUACCGAGGAUAUUCGGGUCAGAUGUGCAUACAUCUUGCUUCGACCCUCAAUUACGAUAAGAGCGGACGCCUUCCUUGUCCAUCAGCACCAGGCGAGCGUUCGGGGAUGCUUCAGAGAUGCGCCUGGGACAUGUUUGGACCCAUCGUGGGUGCUGGGGGUGAUGGGGGAUAGGUGCCGUAGGCGGAGAUCGCGUCGUGAAGCAGUAGCCGUGUUGUUCAGGAAGUUCGCAAGGAUCCCGUUGUGCUGUCUGUUCCGUUCGCUGAAGAUGCAAGGGGGAUCGCCCGACGACGACUAUGCCGUUGUCGAAAGCACGGGGGGCGAUGGCGAUGAGCGCAGAACGCAAGAGGCGGGGCGGGGGAAGUGCGGUCGGGAAUUGCCGACGACCGGCGAGGCGGGGCGGAAGCCGGUAAGCGCCCGGCGCUUAAGGCACGCUCCUUGUGCCCGGCCGUCACCAUCGUUCCCCGUGUUUGCGCGCCGCCCCGUCGAGUGCCUCCCCGCUAUGCAGGUGCCUUCGGAGAUGUCGGGGGGCCUCUAUUCGCACUCAAUCGGUCUUCUUUACGCCAAUGUCCAUCAAUUUCCUUCAUUGUUCAUUGAGAAAACCUCGCGGGACAAUCUCCAGCAGCGACCUCCGCGUUGA